GCACAAGUCCUGACGUCGAGCUUGGCUCUCUCCCCUCUACCACCCCAUUGUCCAUCGCCAACCACCGAUCCGGACGCAUACCGGUGGUCUCAUCAGAUUCGCAAGCAGAACUGAGACCAUGCAGAGCUGCCGGGCCGCCAAUUCCGCCAUGGCCUCGAGGGCCUUCGUCCCCGCCCCUAGGGUUCAGUUCCAGGUCCAGCGCCGCAACCUCCAGGAUGUUGCCAUUACUCGGACUGGAAAGCCGAUCUUGAAGGUUCAAGGUGGACGGUCGUCUCUGGGAGGUCACACCGCCACUGUCUUCGGUGCUACUGGUUUCCUCGGUCGUUACAUCGUCAAUAAGCUCGCUCGUCAGGGAUGCAGCGUUGUUGUCCCCUACCGUGAGGAGAUGACGAAGAGACACUUGAAGGUCACUGGUGAUCUCGGUCGGAUUACUUUCAUCGAAUACGAUUUGCGCAACACUCAGUCCAUUGAGGAGGCUGUGCGCCAUUCCGAUGUUGUCUACAACCUUGUUGGUCGCCAAUAUCCUACCAAGAACUUCACUUACAACGACGUUCACGUCGAUGGAACGGAGCGCAUUGUCGAGGCUGUUGCCAAGUACGAUGUUGAUCGCUUCAUUCACGUCUCUUCCUACAACGCUAACCGGGACUCUCCCUCCGAGUUCUUCGCUACCAAGGCCUGGGGUGAGGAGAUUGCUCGCUCUAUCUACCCUGAGACCACCAUCGUCCGCCCCGCGCCCAUGUUCGGUUUCGAGGACAACCUCCUUCACAAGCUCGCUCGUGCGACCAACGUCUUCACUUCCAACCACAUGCAGGAGCGCUACUGGCCGGUGCACGCCAUUGAUGUCGGCGCUGCCCUCGAGGCUAUGCUGCACGAUGACAGCACCGUCGGUCAGACGUUCGAGCUCUACGGCCCCAAGAACUACUCGACCGCCGAGAUCGCGGAGCUGGUGGACAAGGAAAUUGUCAAGCACCGCCGCCACGUGAACGUGCCCAAGGCCAUCAUGAAGCCCCUCGCCCACUACCUCAACAAGUAUCUCUGGUGGCCCAUCGGCUCAGCCGACGAGGUUGAGCGCGAGUUCAUCGACCAGGUGAUCGACCCUAACGCCAAGACCUUCAAGGAUCUUGGAAUCGAGCCUGCUGAGAUCAGCAACCUGACCUUCCACUACUUGCUUGGAUACCGUAGCUCCUCCUACUACGAUCUUCCUCCCGCGACGGAGCGGGAGAGACAGGAGGAGAAGAAGUACCUGCACGUUCUCGACGACCAGUAGUCUUUUUCUUUAGUGUACAUACCAUGCUAGACCCAUUGAUUUCCUUGUGUAGCUGCUUCAAGUAUCUUUUAAGAAGUGUCUUAAUCCAAUAUUCGUUAUGAACGCCUAUG